AUGGGUUCUCUAAUUUGGCUCGGUUCAUUGCACUUGCGCAACAACCAUCUCUCCGGAAAUUUUCCACUUCCAUUGAAAAAUUGCUCUAGUCUAGUGGUUCUAGACCUUAGUAAGAAUGAAUUCACUGGGACGAUACCAGCAUGGAUGGGGAACUUCGAUGGAAAGUUCAUUGAAACAUUACCAGUGGAUGGUGAGAUUGCAUAUACACCGGGUCUAAUGGUUCUUGUCCUUCAUUCAAAUAAGUUCACUGGAAGUAUUCCUCUUGAACUCUGCCACCUUGAUUCCCUUCAAAUCCUGGACUUGGGAAACAACAAUCUCUCGGGAACCAUUCCUAGAUGCUUUAGUAAUUUCAGCAGCAUGACCAAACAAUCGAAUUCAAGUUCCCCAUUUCCUUUUCAUAAUGAACGUUAUUUUGAAUCGGAAUCAACCGACACAGCAACACUGGUUAUGAAAGGAGUAGAGUACGAGUACGACAAUACACUUGGCCUCCUAGCUGGCAUGGACCUCUCAAGCAAUAAGUUAUCUGGUGAGAUCCCAGAAGAACUCACAGAUCUCCAUGGGUUGAUAUUCUUGAACCUGUCUAAUAACCAUCUCCAAGGGAAGAUUCCUGUGAAGAUUGGGGCCAUGACAUCACUGGAGUCUCUUGAUCUCUCCAUGAAUAGACUCUCUGGUGUUAUUCCUCAAGGUAUGGCAAAUAUAUCAUUUUUGAGCAAUUUAAAUUUGUCAUACAACAACUUGUCUGGCAAAAUUCCAUCAGGCACCCAGAUCCAAGGCUUUAGUCCCCUCAGUUUCAUUGGCAACCCGGAGCUUUGUGGAGCUCCACUGACUGAUGGUUGUGGGGAAGAUGGUAAACCAAAAGGUCCAAUUCCGGACAAUGAUGAUGAAGAGGACAAUGGAUGGAUUGAUAUGAAAUGGUUCUAUUUGGGUAUGCCAUGGGGUUUCGUGGUUGGCUUUUGGGCCAUUUUGGCUCCAUUAGCAUUCAACAGAGCUUGGAGACAUGCUUAUUUUCGGUUGCUGGACGACGUGAAGUAUAAACUACUCGGAUGGUGUUUGUAA